CCCCUGUUUCCGCCCCGCCCCCUCUCCCCGUGCUCCCCCCGCUCAAAACGCCAGCGGUGGCGGCGGAGCCCGGUUCUGUCCGUGCGGGCGGCGGCGCCUCCCGGGGCUCGGCGACAUGGAGUGCGCUGCGGCGGGAGCCGAGUUCAACAUCCUCCUCGCCACCGACUCCUACAAGGUUACACACUACAAGCAAUAUCCACCUAACACAAGCAAGGUAUAUUCCUACUUUGAAUGUCGUGAAAAGAAGACUGAAAAUUCCAAAUUAAAGAAACUGAAAUAUGAAGAAACAGUUUUUUAUGGCUUACAGUACAUUCUGAAUAAAUAUUUAAAAGGUAAAGUGGUGACCAAAGAGAAAAUCAAGGAAGCCAAAGAAGUAUAUAGGGAGCAUUUUCAAGAUGAUGUCUUCAAUGAAAAGGGAUGGAACUAUAUUCUAGAGAAAUAUGAUGGCCAUCUUCCCAUAGAAAUAAAGGCUGUUCCUGAAGGCUCUGUAAUUCCCAGAGGAAAUGUUCUUUUCACAGUAGAAAACACAGAUCCAGAGUGCUACUGGCUCACAAAUUGGAUUGAGACAAUUCUUGUGCAGUCAUGGUACCCAAUCACAGUGGCUACAAACUCUAGAGAGCAGAAAAAGAUUUUGGCCAAAUAUUUGCUGGAGACUUCAGGCAGCUUGGAAGGACUGGAAUAUAAACUGCAUGACUUUGGCUACAGAGGAGUUUCUUCACAAGAGACUGCAGGAAUAGGAGCUUCAGCUCACUUGGUGAACUUCAAAGGAACAGACACUGUAGCAGGAAUUGCAUUAAUUAAAAAGUACUAUGGUACAAAAGAUCCAGUUCCAGGAUAUUCUGUUCCAGCUGCUGAACACAGUACCAUAACAGCUUGGGGAAAAGAUCAUGAAAAAGAUGCUUUUGAACACAUAGUAACACAGUUUUCUUCAGUGCCUGUAUCUGUGGUUAGUGACAGCUAUGACAUUUACAAUGCUUGUGAAAAAAUAUGGGGUGAUGACCUAAGGCAUAUAAUUGAAGCCCGAAGUCCAGAGGCACCACUUAUUAUUAGACCAGAUUCUGGGAAUCCCCUUGACACUGUUCUAAAGGUGUUGGAGAUCUUGGGGAAGAGGUUUCCCAUUACAGAGAAUUCAAAAGGCUAUAAGUUGUUGCCACCAUAUCUCAGAGUUAUUCAAGGAGAUGGUGUGGAUAUCAACACAUUGCAAGAGAUUGUGGAGGGAAUGAAGAAGAAUAAAUGGAGUAUUGAGAAUAUUGCCUUUGGAUCUGGUGGAGCUUUGUUGCAGAAACUAACCAGAGACCUCUUAAACUGUUCCUUCAAAUGUAGUUACGUGGUGACCAACGGCCUUGGGAUAAAUGUCUUCAAAGAUCCUGUAGCCGAUCCCAACAAAAGGUCAAAGAAAGGACGGCUGUCGUUGCAUAGGACACCAGCUGGGGAGUAUGUGACACUGGAGGAAGGCAAGGGGGAUCUUGAAGAGUAUGGACAGGACCUGCUUCACACUGUAUUUAAGAAUGGAAAGGUAACGAAGUCAUAUUCAUUUGAUGAAGUCAGACAGAAUGCCAGGCUGAAGAACAGUGAAUUACAAUCAGCAUCUCACUGAGUUCCAUUCCAUGUCUGUGUAUGUGUGUGUAACUAGUUCGUACUGCAUAGCUACUGGUUUAUUGUACAGAUUUGUGUGUUUGUGUUUUAUGACAUUGUAGCCAAAUUAUUUGUUGGUUUAUGGACAUACUGCCCUAUCUUUUGCCAGUCUUUAGAAGAUGAAAUCAGGAAAUGGUACUUACCUUGUAAAACAUAUUUAAUGCUGAAGUGUGCUUUUUAGGGCCCUUUGCCAGUAGUGAUUCAAUCUGGUAUUGAUCUUUUCACAAAUGAGACAGAGCUGCGAAACUUUUUUAUAUAUAACAGAAUAUCACAAAAUGGAUUUACAUAAAAUUAUCAUGAUUGCUUUAUGUUUAUAUUUAACUUGUAUUUUUGUACAAACAAGAUUGUGUAAAAUAUAUUUAAAGUUUCAAUAAUUAAGUCUUUCCAACUUUUCAUAAUUUUUAUGAGCACAGACUUUCAAGAAAAUAUUCAGUGGGGGGGGAAUCCAUUGCCUUUUGUCCAUUAAUCAGCAAAUAAAACAUGGCCUUAAAAGUUUGUUGUGACAUUGUUCCAUUUGACAACUAAAUCAGGACUCGUAUCUCCUUAAGAUCCCAUAGAGUUGCUGACCUCACCAUUUCUUGUAGUUGUCUGUAUUAGUAAAUCUGCAUUAAACAAAAUUACUGUUCUUUCUAGAAGGUUUAGGUAUUACUGACCUUGCUGGCACAGUAAGGUGUGUAAGUGAAAUGCCAAAUUUGAAAGGAUUCUCUACUGCAACUUAACUUGCCAAGUCUAUCCCACUUGGUAUAUGCACCUCAAUAUUUUAAGAGUAAAGUUUUUAAGAGAUCUCCUCUUCCAUUAUAGAAUAUAUGUGUAAAAUACUGAGAUACGGAAGCGGUGUAUUUUAAAGUAAUUACACUUCUGGGUUUAUUUUUCAUAUACUGUAAGUGACAUGAAUUUAAAGCAAAAUACUGGACUGGGUAGUGCACUUUUUUACUUUUUUGUAUUUUUUUCAUUGAUUUGCCUUUUGUCAGACUGGAUGUUAAAUUGUAAAAAUGUUUAACUAUUUUUGUUAACAACUUUAAUAAAACUAUGCUAGCCAAACUCCUACAUG